AUGGCCUCAUCUCCACCCACCAUAUUCACCGCAACAUCUUUAUUCUCUCUUCUCGGAGUCAUAGUGGUCGGCAUAGCUGCUCAUAUAGGGUCUAAACUUCUCCUUCCUAAAAAUGCAAGUACCAAAGAUCGGUUCACGUUCAUAUGGCUGGCUUUCGAUGCGAUGAUUCACUUCUCCUUCGAGGGAUCGUUCCUGUACCUUUCUGUAUUGGGCAGGCAAGUCAAUACGAGUACGGGGCCUUUCGCGGAGAUGUGGCGAGAAUACGCUGCGGCUGACUUACGCUGGGGGAACGCUGAUCCUGGAAUCGUAUCGCUUGAACUCUUGACCGUUCUUGGAGCUGGGCCUAUCUGCUGUUACAUUCUGAAGCAACUGGUCAAUGAUGAUCCGGCGAGACAUUUUUGGAUUGUGGUUUUGAGCACUGCUGAGCUCUACGGAGGGUGGAUGACAUUCUGUCCCGAGUGGUUGACCGGUAGCCCAAACCUGGACACCUCGAACUGGCUGUACCUUUGGGUUUACCUUGUUUUCAUGAACGUAAUUUGGGUCGGCAUCCCCAUCUGGCUCAUGUAUGACUCUUAUCAUUACAUUGCCCAAGCAGUGCGCCUUAACCGCGCAUCUAUCAAGUCUAAAACUGCAUAA